GUCAGUGACAAAAAUUCAAAAGCUUUCCCUCAGCCUUUCCUCUCACCAUUCACUAACACACGCACGGUCACUCUAGACCUCAGUGACAAAAUUCCUCGCACGGUCGCGUCAGAGCGUCUUCUCCUCGUCGCAUCUUCGCCGGUCGUCGCGUCUUCGCCGGCCUUCGCGGGUAAAUCGCCGGGCUUCGCUGGUCUGCCCCUAUUCUCUGUCGGUAGGAGUGUUAUAAUUUCUGAAUUUCUGGGAAUUUCUGAGAAGAUGAUCGAGGUGGUUCUGAACGAUCGAUUGGGGAAGAAGGUCCGCGUGAAAUGCAACGAUGACGAUACCAUCGGAGACCUGAAGAAGCUGGUUGCAGCUCAGACAGGAACGAGGGCUGACAAGAUUCGCAUUCAGAAGUGGUACACCAUCUACAAGGAUCACAUCACCCUCAAAGAUUACGAGAUCCACGACGGCAUGGGCCUCGAGCUCUACUACAACUAAAAUCCCUCUUCAAAGGUGCUAUUAAUGGCGUAUGUGCUGGUAACUGGAUAAAUCUGUGAAAUGUAACUUUUUGACUUUUUAAAGACCCCUUUGAUUGGAAUAAUGUACAUACCCAAAUGAUAUUGGGUUUAAUUUGCUGUUGGAACAAUUUGUUAUAUAACAUAUUGACGUGUUCUUGUUGGAUUCAUAUUAAUUGAAACCUCCCCUUCUUAUCUUC